AUGACCUUCUCCCACCAUCACGUUUCGUCUCAACGAACGCCCAACGCCUCGGGACCAUCCGAAAACGUCUCUUCUGCUUCCGACGGGACGAGUCAGGACCUUGCGUCUUGGGUUGACCAAGUGCGCCAACGCAGCUCAGCUUCGGCCACGUCCAGCAACCAAGGAUCCUCAGGUCUUGCGGAUACAGCACCGACCUCGUCAGCCUCCGAGCUGGAGCAGGAGUUCCAACGACAGAGGCUCGAGCGACAGCAGCGCAGAGAUCGCCUCUCGGUUUCUGGCAUCCGUGGCAUCUCGUCCCAAACAAACUCGCCCCUGGCGACGCCUUCCCUCGAUUCUCCCAGCUUCGCUGCCGCUGUCAUGGCGCCUCCCGACGCCUCCCAGUCACCUUCGGCUUCGCCGCUGCUCGGCGCCUCUCCUCCCAAGGCGUCGGGAGUGACGGGUAUCAAGCGUGCCAAUUCCCUGCUCGCUCGGUACGGUGGACAGUACGGUCCCACGGGCAUCGCAGCGGGACCGCGAGGCCCCAACGAGUCGCCGGUCUCGCUUGCCAACUUCAUGGGCGGAAAGGCCGCCGGUCCUCGCCUCGGCAAGCUGGCUGGAGACGGUAAGAGUGCUCCUCCCGAGGCGGAACUCAUCCACGAGAGUCGCAGGGUGCCUCUGCCCGGCAUGUCGCCGCAUUCGGGCCGCUCCCUCGCCAGCUUCCUCGAGGAGCGGGCCGACGCCUCUGGCAAGCGAAGGACGGGCGACGGCGCCCCCGCAUCGCCUGUCAAGGACUCCCCUACACCCGCUUCGCCAACAAAGGCCAGCAGCAGUCCGGCCAAGUAUGGAUACGCCUCUGCUGAGCUCGGUCGGCCACUGCGAACCGCGACAGACCCGCCUUCGUAUCAGUCCGGCUCCUCCGGAAACGCCGCAUCGACCCGCCCCGCAUCGCCCAAGAAGGCGUACCUGGAGCUGAUGGAGAAGCAGAACACUCCACGCACGAGUGCUCCACCUUCGCCAGUCAUUCCUCGCGCUUCCAGUCCUUCCAAGUUUCACAGAUUCACGUCAGCCGAAAGCGCCUCCGCCUCGCCCCUGCUGGAUCGUCCUGCUUCGCCACUCAAAGGCUCGCUGGCACCGUCUCCAGUGCGUGACGAGAGUGUUGGAAUUGCGGCACCCAACCAUUCUACGUCUCGCCCGCUCCCAAUUCCCAAGGCGCAUUCCAGCUCGCACGCCGAGGCGCAUUCCACCGAGCGCAAGGAUGCUGCCACGAGUCCUUUCAAGCCCGAGGACAUUGUUGACCCUUCUGUCGCUGGAGUGGUUGCUGCUGCACGUGCACAGCCCAAGCCAGAUGGCGGCCUGGGCAGGGGAUGGACUCAGUCCACGGGGCAACCCGACACGGCGGCAUCGCAGCCAUCCACCCGUUCCGACAGCCUCGCCGCGAACGAGCUGUCGGGUGCCGACCGCAUCCCGACAGCCUCGCUCUCGCGUCUGAGCGCCAAGAAGAUGGUCGGCCAGCGUAUCAAGGAAGCUCAGCUGCGCGACUCGUUUGCUCAGAAGGAAUACGAUGCAAUGCAGGCUGGCUCGGCUGGCCGCAGCGUGCCUUCGAGUCCCGCCGUUCGGGAUCGAUGGCCACCCGCUGUUCAGACAAACAUGUCUCCUGUGCGCUCCAACUCCGAUGAACGCAAGGUUGGAUCUCCAUGGUCGCCUACUAAAUACGGUAAUGCGCUUCCUGGCCUUGCGGGACGCUCGCCGACGAAGGAAGCCUCUUCCAGCCCGUGGCUCUCUUCCCCUUCUAAGAAAAUGGAGACGACGGCCGAACCGCGAGCGGAGCCCAUCCGACUGCCUGGCAUGGGUGCCAGUGUGAGUCCUUUCGCCCGCUCUGCCGACAGGAACGUCACCACGGAUGCGGCGACCAUCGGCUCCAACGUCGAUGUCCCUGGUCAGGGCACAUCGACCGCUGAUCAGGUCCUGGCGCCUCUGACCAAGGCGCGGGCAAAGGGACCCAUUCGUCGAGGAGCCCCGGCGGAAGCUAAAGCAAGCCCAUCUCCAGCGGACACGAAAGCUGCUCCGACCCCUUCUGCCGAGAAGGCUGCCAUUACGCCAGCAGUGCAGGAAAGCUCCAAGCCCGUGUCGGCACCCAAGCCGCCACGAAGGACUUCCGGCAAGCGCAUCCAUGUGCUCGUGUCCGGAUCGGGCUCCAACUUGCAGUCGUUGAUUGACGCUACUUUGCUCGACCCACCUACCGGUCUUCCGACCAUCGAAAACGCACAGAUCUCGUUUGUGCUUUCGAACCGCAAGGCUGCUUAUGGGCUGACGAGGGCAGCUGAAUCAAACCCGCCGAUCCCCACCAAAGUCUUGGCCCUCAAGACUUGGCAGAACCGCAAUCCUGGUGGCACCCGCGAACAGUACGACCAAGUGCUCGCUCGCGCCGUACUCGACGGUCCUUACCCCGAGGGCACGGGCGCGCCACCGGAUCUCAUCGUUUUGGCCGGAUUCAUGCACAUCGUCUCCGAGCCCUUCCUCCAUGCGCUCGGUCACACUACGAGCCUGCCUGCCAACACACCUACCGUCGGCGCGAGGCCGGCUAAGGCAGUGCCGAUCAUCAACCUGCAUCCCGCACUGCCCGGCGCCUUCGACGGUGCCAACGCCAUUCCACGUGCUUUCGAAGCAUACCAGCAGGGGCUCAUCAAGAAGACCGGCUGCAUGGUCCACGAGGUCGUCGCCGACGUUGACCGCGGUCGUCCGAUCAUCGUGCGCGAGGUCGACGUACUGCCGACGUACAAGCUGGAGGACCUCGAGCAGGCGAUUCACAAGGUCGAGCACGUCAUCAUCGUCCAGGCAGCAGACCUCGUACUCAAGGGACACCUCGAAGAGCUGGAUCGACAGGAGGCCGCAACCAAGCAAGAAAAGGCUGCCGCAAUCGCACCUGCUUCCAAGCCAUCGCCUCUCGAAAUCGUCGAGUUGGGCUCCGAACUCGCCGGAGGCGAGGCAAUUGCCGCCGCUCCUUCGAUCGUGAAAGCAGCACGCUCGGCCAUUGCCAAGCACGCGACCCUGGCCGACGUGGUGAGCUCUUCGCACACCUCUGCUGCCUCUAGCAACGUCAAGACAGUCUCUGUGGAGGUGUUGGCGAUCGAUGCAGAUGGCUUUGUGGAAGCGCUGGAAUUCUCGGGCGAUCAGACCUUCCAGCGAAGCGAGCAGCUACGACGCGAACAGAUCUUGUAUGACGACGAGACACUCGCUGUCGUGAAGCGUUUCAAAACGGACGCUGGACAGACGGAAACGAAAAUCUGGGUCAGGACCGGCCAAGCCUCGGCUUUGCAUCCGUUUGAGUACGGUCCUCGCUCGACGUCGUGCGCCGAGGGCCGCAAAGUCCAGGAGCUUGCUCAGGGAUAUGCUUGCAAGCCCGAGAUGAUCCCUUCAGGCUGCGAACCAGACGAGCUGAUCGCGAGUCUCUCGGGUACUUGGGCGAUCAGCCGCCACGGUUCGCGCAAGCGAUUUGACGCGGCAGCCUCGUCGCUGUACCGCAUCCGUGCUGCUGUUGGCUCAAGCCCUGGCCCGGGUCAGCGCUUUGCCAUUCAGCAGGUCGAAUUGCAGACCACCAAUCUAUGCUCGGGCGACAGCUUCGUCUUUUCGAUGCUGUCUUCGCUCGGUGUGUGGCAUGGACGGGGCGCGUCGACGGCGGUGCGUGCUGCAGCGGUGCGUUUCGCGCAGGCGCUCGCCAAGUCUGGUUCGAGCGGCGCUCGCAGCAGCGAAGGCAUGGUCGAGAUGGAGGAGGGAUCGGAGGCUGCGCUGUUCUCGAACGUGUUCGACAAGUCGCAAGAAUAUGCCAGCGCCUGGUUCCACCGACAAGACAAAGGUGCUCGCACCGACGCGGCAAGCCUGGUGGAUGUCGAGCUCCGGGGUCAAGACUUGCAGCUGCAACCUGUUACUUCCAACGGCUACUUUGGAGCGCACGACCUGCUGCUGCCGACGCGAUCGACCAAGAUCUCGAUCCUCAACUUGCGCGACGAAGAGCUGUACGUGGUUGUGGGCCGCGAUGCGCGCUCUGACCGACCGAGGCUGGCGUGUGCGAUCCAGGCGGCCGAGAUGCUCGCCGAGCUGCUGCAAGCAAAGCUGCGUCGGGCGGCCGCAUCGGAAGGAACGGUGGUGGCGCGUCCUGCCGUGCACGUGCUCGUGCUGCCUUCGAAGGUGCCCCGCGAGAUCCGCGCUGCCUCGCGUGUGUGGUCGGACAAGAUGGCGGAGUACCUGCAAGGCGAGGCGCCUGGGCGCAUGAACGUGUGCUCGAGCGACAGCGCGAUGGAACAGCUCGGCAAGCGCUCCUGGCCGCGGUGGGCGCUGUCAGAUGCCAGCUACCUGCCGAUCGGAGUCAGUCCCGAAGACGUCUCCCUGUGA